GGCUGCGUGCCAGUCUUAUUAUUAUUAUUCUACCCUACCCUACCCUACUCUUCCCUUCCCAUGGCAAGAUCCGUCCAAUCGCGCGCUCACUAUUCGUGAACUUCCUCUCACCAAAUCCACUCGGCUAGCAAGUUCCCAGGGAAAUUGAGCAUCCCGUCCGUUGUUGGCCGCUUAUGGAUCUGCGCUACGGGAGUAGCUCGAGGAGGGACACAUGGAUCGCCACGAACUUCUCACGAGAAUAAAAUGGGGUGCAAGAACAGAGUUCGGCCUAUGCAGCGUUAGCCCAACUGCUUCUCUGGAUUGCUGGGAACCAAGCCCUCGCUUCCCUCACUUCCCUCACUUCCCUCAUUUUUCCCCCCGUGGCCGUCGUUUUGGCUGAUGGGCGGAGAUCGAUCACGAAUUUAGCCAGUAGCAGGAGGCGCCCAGGGCUCCACGAGUCAUGUGUGUUGCAUCUACGCCAGUAGCCACGAGGCAGCUUAAAGUUUCCUGAGGUUGGAACCGAACCGUACAUCCCGUCUGGCGCACGCACCGAGUAAAGCCAAGGGGCGUCAGAGGUUAAACAGAACUACGGGAAGAAGAAGGGGACCCAGAACUUCGAAAAAUAUGCCGCUGGUUCAAAGGGGAAUUGUCUCAAACAACGCAACGGGCAAAAAACAACAAUGCUUUUUCUGCUCGUGCCUCCAUAACCUGUGCAUGCGGCAAGUAUCUCAUCACUACUGCAUACAAGUAUUAUUAUUAGUUACAGCUCUAUUCGAUUCCGGUAGGAUGGUUAUGAAGGAAUGCAGCUGUAUUCUGUAUUUUAUACACCGCACAAGGCAUGUGCCAUGGCUAGCUUCCAAAUGUUGAAGUAUCUUCAAUAAAACGGGACUUCAAUGGCUACAGUGGCUGGCUCCACGAAUUAUUAUCCCGUGAUUGAUUGAAAAAAAUGGACAAUGAAUGGUUCAACAUUCGGCUGGGGACAAGUGGGCACAAAAAGUAUAUAUCAUUCCCACAAAGUUGUUGAUGCUCAACGUUAUUACUACGACUACUACUACUACUACUACUACUACUACUACUACUACUACUUACCGAGUAGUAGUUAGUGAUUAUCAUUUCCGCUCUCCUUGCUCCGCUGCUACUACCGAGUGCGCCAGCAAAAGAAGAAAAAGCAUCAUCCCCACUAGUCCUUCACCCCCCCCCCCCCCCCCCCCCCCCCGGCUGGGUUCUGGAAGAUCUUUGGGCCUAGCGUUCGUGUACCCAUGUCAAGCUAAAUAUUUCCCUAAUAAUCCGUCCGCUGUGGCCUCCUGCACCAGCCUGCCUGCUUGGGUAUCCCAUAUCAACCUGCCUGAGCCCUUUGUCCUGGACUUUUGACCCUGUUCAACUCAACUUCUUCUGCUGCUUCUUCACCAUUCCGCGUCCGCCACCACAUUAAUGAGUUUUCGAAUACACUGGUGAAUUCAGGGUUUUAUAUAAAAAAUAUCUAGUCAACUUUCAGUCAACCUUCAUUCAUUGCCGACGUGUUGAGGACAAGAUGAAUCUAUCCCACUUGGUGACCAGCUACCAUAGUCCUCCUUCGACGUAUUCUCAUUCAAGCACGUCCCAGAAACGUCAAGCCUUACAGAGCGAGCCUUCCUCGUUAUCUGUAUCCAAUGGAUACUACGAUCGCAAUGCUUCAAAUCUUGCAUAUGCCCGCUCUCCGCAACCGCCGUUAUCCCCACCUGUCGAGGACCAGGCCAGAUUCUCUCUUCCUUCAAUAUCGAGCUUAUUGCAAGGGGCGGACCAACUCGCUCCUGUUCACGUAGCUAAAAAACAUCGCCCCAAUCCACUGUCAUCUGGAGAGGUAGACCUGAAGUCUCAAGGCCAGGGAGCCUCCCAAAAGCCAAUAAGCAGGCCCAGGAUGAUUUUACCACCGACCCCUCCCUUACGGCCAGGCUCUGGAUUAGAUGGAAGCAAACACUCUCCGUCUGGCUCGUCACCAUCGUCCGCAAACUCGCCCGUUGCAGUAGCAAACCUCACAAGUGCGUCAUCUACGGACUCUUCCUACCAGCCCGGGAUGUCCCAAGUUCCAUUCCCACCACAAUCAGCCAGGUCGUCCGUAUCCCAGAGUUCUCCCAUCUCCCUUACCGAUAAGCAUUACACAGCGUCCUCAAGUCUACCCGCAAUCUCAACACCAUUUGCUUCUCCAGUUGAACCUCCAACCACCUCUACAGAGUACUAUCCUCGCCCAACUCAUGCCCCUUCGUUCUCCCCACCUAUUCCUCUGACAUCCCCGUCAGCCCACCAGCACCAUCACCAUUCCAUGGUCUCAACCUGGCAGCACCACCACUACUUCCCACCCUCAAACACGGCUCCCUACCCACAAAAUCAUGACAGGUACAUCUGUCGAACAUGUCACAAAGCCUUUUCUCGGCCUUCCAGUCUGCGUAUUCACUCACACAGCCAUACGGGCGAGAAGCCAUUCAAAUGCCCGCAUGUCAACUGUGGCAAAUCGUUCAGUGUCAGGAGUAAUAUGAAACGACACGAACGUGGUUGUCAUACUGGGAGACCUACGCAAGCAGCUCUGGUGAGUUGAGAAGAUCGGAGAACAGCCUAAAUUCAGUUUCUGGCAAAACUACCUCACAAAACGAGUUCGAAUAUUGGGCAUGAUGAAUGCCAGGAGGACGAAUAUUCCCACUAUUGUUCUUGAAAAUAGAGAUACACCGUCAGGACCGUUGGUGUCCCUUAUUUCUCUCCCCUGUUUGUCAUCUUUACUUUGAAACCGAAUCUGGAAAAAUCAGGUUCUUAAUAAUGUGAAAAUGAAACCACCUCUUCCGCGAAAUCGAAAUCCUGCCGGUUUAUAUGGUCCACGAAGCCCCCUUUGGCCUGCAUACCCGCCCAUAUGCAGGAGCAAAAAAGCGAAAAUGAUGCAAGAGCCAAAACGAAACCUUCGGCGAAAAUGAUAAACUUCCAAAUGUUAUAGUGAAAUGGCGCAGCUAUGAGAAUCAGAUAUACUUGGCACAGUGCAUCCGAAUAUCUCCCAAAAAGGAUAUGCGAUAUCCACUUGACUGCUUCCACGCUCUUCGAAUGUCUUAAAGGGCACUAGGCCCGACAAGUUUGGGACAAUUAAGACCUUGAUUGGUGUUAAACAGCAGAAGGGAAUUAUGGAACAUAUUGCUACGCCGGAAUAAAAGGAGCGGAGGAGGAGGAAGAAAAAUAUGAACAGAAAAACAAGUAUAGACCUAGGGACUUUUAAGGGGAUGGCAUGGACUGAUAGAGGAGAAAUAGAAUCCGAAAAGAGCCAGACACUUAUCUCACUUAGCUACUUCUGGACCAAGUCACGAAAGCCGACUUGUGUAUUGAUUGAAUAGCCAUUUUCACGCAUUCGAUGUAUUACUAUGAUUGCUAAUUUUUUUUUUUUUUUUGUUGGUUGUAAUCUUUUCCCCGCCAGCUUUCACUUCUAUUAUGUAUUUACAUUUUUUGGAUCCAGUAUAUGUAUGUAUAUAUAUAUAUCUAUGUUAGAUGAACCUCUGUUAGGAAGAAGAGGGGUAUAUGAGAGAAUGCUCAGCGCUGAGCCCCUAGUACGCUGACUUCUUGGACACUACUGUACAUGCAUGCAGCAUGCGAUUUACUGUACAAUUCUUCCACAUAUUCAUUGAGGCCUAUUGGUACUUGAGAAAGAAAAAGGAAAUCAGUUUAAGAUGGGCAGGCAUAAGAGGAAGAGAACGGGGCAAUCAAUAGUGGCCGAUAAGUGGCUAGUGUAUGUACAUGUACAUAUAUACCCGCCCGUAUACAUAUCUUAUGGGAGGAAGAAUAAACCCAUAAAUUGAAUUAUCCAGUCUCAUUUAUUUGCACGAAAUAGCAACGCCAAAUACAGAGAAAUAUGUUUUAAUAAUGGCUGAAAGGUAAAAUUUCCCUUCCAGCGAAGCAGAAAUAAAAAAAAAAAUGAAAAAUAAAAAAUAAAAAUAAAAAAGACUAAACA